GUGGAAGCAGCGAAGUGGAGGCGCCCUGAUUGAAGAUCAGAACUCACUGGUCUGCAAACGAAGCAAAGGAUCCGAAUCGAACGGCUCUGCAUCACCUAAGACAGACACGGCAGCUGCAGAGUGCUGGAUUUAAGAUCUGCCGCUUUGAUUGAUCCCGUCAGCCAGCCGGCAUGUUUAUGCCUUUCAUCACCUUUGCUUUUACCAUCCUGGCCUCUGCCCUGGCUCUCGGGCACGCGAGUGGAGUACUGCAGAGCGACAUCUCUCUUUUUGAUGCUCCCACAGGUGACACAAACACACGCAUUGACCACACGGAUGCCUGUCCACCCAUCCCUUGCUUGUCGUGUGUGCAGAUGAGGACGUCACCGCACUGCCAGCCCUUUUGUCCGCCAGUGAGGGGUUCAUGGGUCCGUCUGUUCGCUCCUCCCCCCUCUCGUCCUCCUCCCUGUUAAGAAGGCACACGAGGCUGCAUCAGGCGAGGAGUCCAGCAGCCUCAUCAGGAGUGGGGUCGCUUAAGAUGAUGCCUAUUGGUAAGCGAGCAAGCCAUGAAUGAAUGAAUCAGUGGCUGUCGUCGUCACACAGUGGUACGUACUAUCGGUGUGUGUGUGUUGUUGUGUCCGUCCGGGUCAAUCAGGUGUGCCCAAGGUGGCGUAUCGCAUACCAGGGUCACCCAAUGCCGACUGGAUCGACAUCUAUAACAGGUGAGGACACACCUACGGACACCCAGGCGGCCAUCCCUUACAUGUGGCGUAUUCCGCCUGACUUCACCUGUCUGUCUGUGUGUGUUGUGGUCAGGUUGUACCGUGAGCGCAUCAUCUUUCUGGGUCAGGAGAUCGACGACGAGUUCGCCAACCAAAUCAUCGGCGUCAUGCUGGUACGCACGCACGGCAUAGAUUCUUGCACACAGGGAGGCAAGACCAGCACAGCUGCACACGUGUGUGUAUGCGUCUUGCGGACCGAUCUGCCUAUGGAUCCAUCUGUCUGUCUGUCGUGUGGUGCCACAGUAUUUGGACAGCGAGGACAGUACCAAGCCCAUUUACAUCUACAUGAACUGCCCGGGCGGAUCCGUCAUCGCGGGACUCGCCAUCUACGACACAAUGCAGGUGCGCUCAUCCCAUCUCUCUCUCGCCACGUACACACGUGUUGGUGUGGUCUCUGUGUGUGUGCAGCACAUCAAGAGUGAGGUGGUGACGAUCAACGUCGGUCUGUCGGCCUCCAUGGCGUCAUUCCUGCUCGCAGCCGGCACCAAGGGCAAGCGAUUCGCACUCCCCCACAGGUGGGCGGCCUCACGAAGCACACCCACACAAUACACUCAUGCGAUACUCUUUGUGCGUGUGGAUGUGUGUGGUUGCAGUCGUGUGAUGAUUCACCAGCCGAUGGGCGGUGCGCAGGGCCAGGCGGAGGACAUCAAGGUCGAGGCAGCACAGAUCCUCCGAAUCAAAGACAACCUCGUCAAAAUGUACAGGUAUCACUCGAAGGAAACACCACACACGCGGACAGGCACACGCACUGCAUCAGGGCGACGAGCAUGUUUGUUGUUUGGUGCUGUCCCGUGUGCACAGUAUGAUGACCGGCCAGACGCGCGAGCAGAUCAUCAAGGACCUCGACCGAGACAACUUCAUGUCCGCACAGCAGGCCAAGGAGUAUGGGCUGAUAGACCACGUCAUAGACUUAAAGACCGACGCCCAGAAGAUGGUCGAGGGCACCUCCUCCGUGCCAGCGUAGCCUGUCGUUCGACUCAUGACUGACUCGUGUGGCAGUGAAGUGUGUGCACACAUAUGUAUGGCUUUUUAUCCGACAUGUUGACGGGACCUAACGCGGUUCCAGACGGAAUGGAUGAAAAUCUGGAUCUUCAGUGCA